AAAAAAAACUGCUGUUCCAAAAAAAAAAAAGUGUCGGAAGGGAAAAAGCAUGAACCUAGAAUUGGUGAAGCAGUAUCUUGAAGGAGCGAAGAAAGAUGAAGAGAGCAAGGAAAUGGAAUCGAAAGUAGCGAAAUUACCACCGAGAUUCAUCGAGAGAUUCGUGACGAAAGGAAUUAAAGUAGAUCUCAUCGAAACUGGUCGAAUCAUCUGCUCCAUGAAAGUCCAACCUCAUCUCCUGAACGCAGGCAAUUUCUUACACGGAGGAGCAACGGCGACUCUAGUGGACUUGAUAGGAUCAGCUGUAAUUUUCACGACAGGAGUUACAUCCUCUGGAGUUUCAGUUGAGAUCAAUGUUUCUUACCUCGAUUCUGCUUUCCUUGAUGAAGAGAUAGAGAUUGAAGCGAAGGCUUUGCGUGUGGGUAAAGCAAUAGCAGUUGUGAGUGUUGAGCUGAGGAAGAAGAAGAAUGGUAAGCUUAUAGCUCAAGGUCGUCAUACUAAGUACCUUGCUCCCCGUUCUAAGCUUUGAAUCUUACUAUUCUUUACUAGUAUCGUUUACACCUUCAAAACAAAUAAGAAUCGGUUUGUCUUGUCUCAUCAUGAGUUUAUGUUAAUUACAUUAUUAAGCUAUGUUUUAUUCUCUGUCUAAUGCUACUACUAGAAAACUAUGUUGAAGAAGUUAAAAACGGUUUGUAUAUCUACACUUCAAACAUACACGUGC